AUGGGACUAGUUGCCAUGGAUGACACGGAUGGGUACGACGCGAACAUGGACCCGGCGUUCAUGACAAGUGAGGAUGAACUUGAUGCUGGACAAGCCAAGCUCAAAUCCUGGGAGAGUACCGAUCAAAUUGCUCGUCCUGGCUCCCUUGUUUUCGGUGACCUGAAACCUUCUAUCCAGAUUGAAAUCGUUCACAACUUACGAGAGCAGUUGGACGGUGCCAUCGAUGCUGCAUAUAUGAAGCUGAAAAUUACUCAGGAAGAGAAUAUCAAUCUAAUACUGUACAACGAACUGUACAACCACAGCCUUGAGGCAGAAAAUAUCACGGUUCUGCAGUACAGGAAGAGGCAGAGAGCAGCCUUGAAGAAGCUUGAUCAAGGUGCAGCCAAACAUCUUGUUCAGGAAGACUUGUCCAAUAUCUUCAAGACCACUUGUCGGCAGCUGUCCUACAAAAGGCUCAACCUCGGCGCAGAAGAUAUCAUGCAUGCCAAAGCAUCAGAUGUCCUGCUGUCAUACAUGUUUUUAGAUCGCCUCGAUCUUCCCCGAAGUCUCGCUGGAACCUGGUACAAUGGCAUUGAAACCCGCCUCGAUGGUCACUACGGAUAUCCCACCCCUGAGUCUGAAUCUUGGGACUGGGCUGAAAACUUGUCCAAGCGCCAAAGCGACCUGGGAAGAUUUGGCGUAACGCUGCCUGCAUCCUCACAGGAAGAGCCAAGAUAUCCGUUUGUGGUGAAGGGGUCUGGUACCAAGAGCCCAGUCAAACAGGUAGCCACGUUUACCGACAAAGGCAAAGGGAUUGGGAGCACCUCCAAUGCGGAGAUCCCCUUCUGGCAUAUCCAUGGCCCCCCUACGAAUGUGACGGACUCCGAGGCUCGUUACCUGUGGAAACUGACUCAAUUUGAAAUCGAACUGCUUCAAAAGGAGAAGGCAUUGUUUGAAGCUGAGGUGAAGGGGACCAAGAACCAAGCCGAAGACCCUCAUUAUGGUGACUGUGAUAACCCCGAAGACCCUUGGCACUUCCGCUGUAGAUGA